UUUCACUUUAGGCCAGAACAUUGGUCACACUGUUCUUUCUUCUCUCCUUCUCUCAUGUGGUAUUGUGCUACGGCCUGGACUACUUCCUGAAUCUCGUGAGAGAUUUUUGUAUAAUUGUAUCCUGACUUCGGUUUUUGUUUCUGCUUCAGACUCUCCCUCUUCGUAGAGUUUUUCUUGCCAGUCCUCCAGCCUCAGUGUCUCAUCUGUGUGUUUCCACUACCUGCCCUGCUCUCACUACAUGUCCAUUUCCCGGAGGCGAAUUUGCGAAUCCUAUUGGUGAAGGAUCUUGUAUUGGGGAGAAAUAGACUACGGGGCAAAAAGUCAUCUGGAAAGUGAAGGCAGUCCCAGGUUUACAGACGAAACAAAACCUGACAUGGCCCUGACACUGUCCAAGCAUGACAUGAAACCACAGCCUGGGGACUUGAUUGAGAUCUUCCGGGGCCCCUAUCAGCACUGGGCUGUGUAUAUUGGCAAUGACUUCGUUGUUCACUUGGGAUUGACAACAUUCUUUGAUGUCGCGGGUGCAGACACCAGCAUUAUGAUGUCUGUCCUGACUGAAAAAGCCAUGGUGAAGAAAGAGAAACUGCAGGACGUGGUGGGCGACAACAAGUGGAAAAUCAACAACAGCCUGGACGAGAAGUACGAGCCCUGCCCAGUCCAGUUUAUUGUGAAGGAGGCCUGUGCACGUGUGGGCAAGGAGCUGCCGUAUUCCAUCUUCACGGGGAACUGUGAGCACUUUGCAAAUGAGCUACGCUAUGGAAAAAAAGAGUCCCGGCAGGCGCGUAAUGCUGUAGCAGUAGCUGUAGGCACGGCUGUGUCUCCAGUAGUGGUUCUGGGUAUGGUGUUUGCACCCAGAACCACAAUGGUGAUUCUGGGUAUUAUCACACUGGCAGCUGUGGCAAGAGAUCGGUUUGGAAGCGGCAAAAAAGAAAACAAAAGGAACACACAGUGAUGGAAGGCACACGUCGUCUUCACAGGGGCUUGAUUAACAGAUCACCAUGAAAGCUUAAGGGUGCUAAUAAUAAUAAUAAUAAUAAUAAUAAUAAUAAUAAUAAUAAUAAUGCAUUACAUUCAUAUAGCGCUUUAUUAUUGAAACUCAAAGCGCUUCACAGUGAAGUAGGGGGGUCUUACCUCAGCCACCACCAAUGUGUAGCACCCACCUGGGUGAUGCACUGCAGCCAUUUAGCGCCGGAAUGCUCACCACACAUCAGCUUGAGGCAGAGAAGGAGAGAAACAUUGAGCCAAGUACUAGGGGGGAUGAUUAGAUGGCCAGAUGGUAAAAGCCAGGUUGGGAAUUUUGCCAUGACACCGGGGAACCCCCUACUCUUUGCAACAAGUGCCAUGGGAUCAUUAAUGACCACAGUGAGUCCGGAUCUCAGUUUAACGUCUCAUCCGAAGGACGGCAUCUCCUACAGCACAGUGUCCCCAUCAAUGCACUGGGGCAUUGGGAUUUUAUUAUUAAGACCAGAGGGAAGACUGCCCCCUACUGGCCCACCAACACCUCUUCCAGCAGCAACUUAGUUUUCCCAGUAGGUCACCCAUCCAGGUGCUGGCCAAGCCCAAAAGCUGCUUAGCUUUGGUCAUUCAGCAGUAGCAGGGUUUACAUUGGUAUGGCUGCUAAUCUGAUCAUGCACAGAAAACACUUUUUUAUUACAUGCAAACACCAUAGACUGUAUAUAAAAGGGCAAACACCUGUGAUUUAGACAUAAGUUUGGCUAAUUUCUGUCUUUCCUGCUCAAAUUAACUGCCGUCUCUCCCUUAUGCCACCUUUAUAAUGUGAGGCUUUUGUUUGAAAUCAUGGCCCUAUAUUUUUCAGACUUUUUAAAAUUU